CUGAAGUAGUUGCAGCUCCCUCAUUGGCAAUCUCCUGGGCGUACGCUCAGGUCUUUUCCCGAACACCGCACCGUUAAGAAACCUUAAAUUUCCAACCCCAAAUUCGGAACCCACCGUCCUCUUCUCUCCUUCGCCUUCGCCUUCGGUUUUGCCCUAGCUCGGCUCCCCAAUUCAUCGUUCUGGUCUCCGUUUCACUGAUUUCUUCAGCGGAAAUGGCUUUUAUCUACUUCUAGGGUUUCCCGACAGCACUCUGUUCCCAAUCUUCAUCUUGCUACUCAAAAUCGUUGAUAUGGCGAUCCGAAUGACCUUUACCUGUUCCGGCUACGCCGCCCAGAACCUGGCCUCCUCUGUGCGACGUAGCUCCUCCUACCGUACCGUCCAUCAAUGCUGGAUCCGUUCACGCUUCUUUUCCAACCAAAAAGUCGAGGUCGAUCCUGUUCCUCCCAGCAACUACCACACCGAUUUCAUCCCGAAACGGCAGAGCUUCUUUAGUACCCUUGCGGAGGAGAUCCUGGGAGAUAGCUGCAAGAGUUCGAUUAUUGUUGGACUGAUUUCGAUGAUGAAGUCAACGGCUGGUGGAUCGGCUUCAUCGGGUUCAUCGGCUCUGGCUGUGGGGCUUUCCGGAAUUUCCCCCUUUAAAGCCACUUCGAUGAUCCCGUUUUUGCAGGGGUCGAAGUCGCUGCCCGCUAACGAUGCAGCUCUGCCGGAAUCCGAGAGCGAUGAGGUGGAUAAAGGGGGGACAAUUGAGUUACAUACCGGUGGCAAUCAGGGCCGGAAUUGUACUGUGAGUUUGGAGUUGGACCAGAAAGAGUUUGGCAAAUCCCGUUGGUUCUCGAACUUGUUGAACACCUACUCGGAGGAUGCCAAGGCUGCUUUCACCGCUUUGACUGUUAGCUUGCUUUUCCAGUCCUCCUUGGCGGAGCCUAUGUCCAUUCCUUCUUCCUCUAUGUUCCCUACUCUCGAUGUCGGUGACCGCAUUCUAACAGAGAAGGUUUCAUAUAUCUUCAGAGAGCCUGAAGUUUCAGAUAUUGUUAUAUUCAAGGCACCUCCUAGUUUGCUGAAAUAUGACAUCAGUUCAGCAGAUGUAUUUAUAAAAAGGGUAGUGGCAAAGGCGGGGGAUUAUGUUGAAGUUUGUGGUGGAAAACUGCUUGUAAAUGGGGUUGCCCAAGAUGAAAACUUCAUUCUGGAGCCACUUAAAUAUGAAAUGGAACCAAGGCUUGUGCCGGAAGGAUGUGUUUUUGUGAUGGGAGAUAAUCGCAAUCAAAGUUUCGACUCUCAUGACUGGUAAUUCUUAAAUCUUAUUACUACUAAUAAUUUAUUCUCUUAAGUAUAUAUUGCAUGUUAGAAAGAACUUAUGCAGCCUUCAGUCAGAUAACUCAAAUCUCCAUCAGAAAAUUCUCUCAGAAAUCAUGUAUGAGGAUCUACAAACACAGUUUCGUAGAUGGCGUUUAGCCAUUUUUAUUUGUUUCGACUUUUCUCUUAUGAAUAUGAUUUCUUACAUCUGACAUCUUGCGAUUUUACCUUAUUUCAGGGGUCCACUUCCUAUAAAAAAUAUUCUUGGGAGAUCUGUUUACCGGUAUUGGCCACCUUCCAGAGUGUCAGACACAAUAUAUGAUCCACAUGCAGCGAAGAAUUCUGUUGCAGUUUCUUGACAUGUUGGCCUCUGCAUGUAUAGAGAGGAUCUGAGUCCAUUCCUUACUAAUCUCCAGUCUGGCUCAUAUUGGAGCAUAUCUGAAUGUGCAACACUUUUUCUUGAUCAUGCCCCUGCUUGUGGGCACCGUUUAGGAUGGAUCAUAAUAUCCAUCUGUCUGAAUCUUUUAUUACGGUCAAUCAUGGCCAGUGACACAUUCUUUCCUUUAUUUAUUCACAUUAUCUGAAAUACAUUAGAGAGUGGGAAAAUAAACAGGAAAAUGAAAGGACAAUUCCAUGGAAUGCCUUUCAAUUUAUGUGGUUGAUGUUUAUAAUGCUAGAAAUGUGGGAUGGUGUGACAGGCUGAGCAGGCUCUGCUUCAAUGCCUUUGAAGUUUGACGGUAAGGUAGUGAAGAAAUGGGGAAGCUGAAGAUUUAGAUUGUCAUGGGGUUUAUGAUUAAUGAUAUGUAACAACCAAACUGUUAAAGCUUUAUGAAUAAAGUUAGAUAUCUUCAGCCCCUUCUCAUGACCUCAGCACUGUAUAUACUUUAUUUUACUUCUAUUCAACUUGUAAUUACGCUUGCAGAGGAAUGGUUUAUUGCAAAUUGUAGUAAUCAAAGGGAGGCACUUCA